AAUAAAUUUACUAUUUAUUAUUUAAAUAAUAUUUUUAUUUACUUUGAAACUCUUAUAGAAUAUAAAGAAUACGUAAGAAAAAUAUUAGAUGUACUAUACGAAUAUGAAUUCUCUAUUAAUAUAGAGAAAAGCGAAUUCUAUAUAAGGGAAAUUAUAUUUUUUAGAUAUUUAAUUUUGAAAAAUAAAGUUAGGAUAGAAUUAAGUAAAGUAGAAGCUAUAUAA